UAUAACGCAGUCACAAAACGUGUUGCUUUUACUGGUAUCAUGAGCUACAUCACUGCAGAUGAGUUUGAAGAAUACUGUGAUGAAUUUUUAAAAGUCGCGUCUCGGCUUGGAGAUUCUUGGAUUAAAGUUAUUAACGAUUCUAAUGCAAGUUUCUUGGUAAAGAAAGAAACUCGGACUCUGAAAGCCCGUGCUCUAUCUGAAACAGAAAACACUCGCAAUAACUCUGAGAAGUCGCUUCAAGGGGCGGACUUUUCUCUAACUCCGUCCUGUGAUAUUGAUGCAUCUAUAACUUCUUGCCCUGAUGCUGCAAUAAAUAAUUCUGACUCUGACGACAUGAAAUACGACAUUGAAAGCGAUCCUUCGGAAUUUGAAAUUUUGAGGGAAGGCACCGCUGUUACUUUCGAGUACAACAUCUUAUACAGCUUUAGUUACAGCGUUCCUAUCUUGACCUUUGAAGCCUUUAAUUCGUCUGGUAAGCCUUUGUCCUUAGAGGAUGUAUGGGACAGAGUGGUUGACAGUCACUUCGUUGGGCAAAUACAGCCAAGGAGGUGGGAGUCCUUGACGAUGAUGGAACAUCCUGUCAAAGGCAGUCCUUGCUACGGCCUUCAUCCCUGCAAGACCGCUCAGCUACUGCAGCAGGUGGAAGACAUCCGCAGUGAGUGUUCGCGCGGCUUCAACGGCCACACGGAAGACUGCGAGGCAGACAACGCAGCCAAGGAUGAUACGAGUGUUCCUUGUGGCACAGUGACAACGGAAGAAGAACCAAGCAGAGUGUCUAAUCAAACGAAUACUAAAAUGAGGAACUACAAAGCACAGCAAGAAGUUUCCGCCACGGUUGGAGAAGAUUUGGGACUUGGGCAAUUGAAGGGUGCGGCAUACAUAAUUAGUUGGCUUUCGAUGAUGGGCCCAGCUAUAGGUCUGAAAUUAGACAUAAGAUAUUUUACUGUAAAGUGAACCUUAGGAUCCUGAAUACUAUUAAACGUUUCCUAAAUAUUUGCCAUUUUAAAUGUUUUUAAUUCAAUGUCUGUGUAUUACUAGACAGGUGCUCACAUUGAAGACAGGUACUAGACAGGUGGUCAGGGGCUGAUCGAGCGCGUAUCCACGGUACUUAUCUUGCUAGGAAAUUAUUACGUGGACCUGAAUAUGUUUUAUAGUAUAUAAUAGAAAUACAUUAAAUAACGGUGAGUUAGUGAGUUGAUUUAGAAGUGAAACUUAGAUUUGAAGUUUGCAUGUAUAAAUUUAAUAUUUACAUUAUUUUGGGAAGAUUGAAAGGAUUCGUGAUAGCUAAAUUGGUGUUGACCGAGUUCGGGAAAAUAGGAUUCUCAAAUCUGAGGAAUCAUUCCAUCCCUGCAUGGCAAAACGAGGUUCAGUUGCUUUUUCUAAAUAUAAAAGCCAGGAAUAACUUUUUUCAACAAUUUAUUAAAAAUAAUACAAAUAUCGCAUCUUUCAUCAUGACGUGUUUUGUAUAAAUAACCUAAAUGGAACCGUAUGAUUGAAUGUAGAAAACCAUGAAAUUUGUCGUUUCGCAUUAUGAGUGACAUCGUUCUGUAAAAAAAUUUUUGCUUGACACUCAGAACCUAUUGCUUUCAAUAUAGUAGGCACCUUUUAAUGUUCUUAACGAAUAAGUACAGUCAUUUGAUUACUUAAUUUAACUCACUAUUCUUAAUUAAUAAUUGUUUUUUCAUUGGAGUUACGUAAUAGAUAUGGUAUCUUGU